CUUUAUUUGCUCUCUUGCUGCCUAUUCCCAUUGGCCUCCUUCCUGUCCUCGUUUCAGACCAGCCUGGUCAUCGUUGUCCACAGAGAGCUUCAAAAUGUCUGACGCAGGUGAUAGUCAUCACAAGCGGUCGAGAUCUUCCGCAGCUCUCUCCUUGCUAAGGCGUGAGAAAUCCCGACCAGACGACGACACUGCCGCCGAGGAUGCUACCUCUCCCGCUUCUCACGGGACAGCUGCCCUCAUCUCUACCUCCACGGUGGCAGUCUCACAGGCAUCCACGUCUGUAAGGGGGCAUAAUGCAAGACUCUCUACAGCUGGUAUCGGUGUACUUGGCAGGUCACCCUCGUACCAUACUUCCUCCCUCUCUGGCGCCAGGUCAGCUUCGAACCUGUCCACCGAGAAGGGAAGUACUCUGGAACAGUCGGUUCGGAAAUUCCGCAUUGUUGAAGCCUUGCGAAGUGGGGAUACCGCGUUGAUAUCCAAGGCAAUUCGCGAUACGGCGGAGAACGGCCCUCGAGCUAGUACCUCGUCUCUCUCGACCCAACCUGGAGCCCUUGAGGAUACAACCAUCUUGCACCUGGCGAUUCAAUGUGCUGAGCAGCCUGUCGUGGAAUAUGUGCUCUCCGAUGGAUCUGGGACUAUAGAUGUUAACGCAAGGGACAGGGAUGGAAACACGCCUCUGCAUGUCGCGGCAGUCCAAGGGCGGGGCCAUGUAGUAAGGCUGCUGCUGGAGCAGAAGGACAUCAAUGAUUCCAUUGCGAACCUCACCGGCCGCCUUCCCAUCGACCUGGCGCGAAACCCAGACAUCUUCCAACAGUUACAGCUCUCCAGGUCUCUGUUCGCCGAGAACAAGAUCAGGCAGGUUCAGGAUCUCAUCCUCCACGGCGACUUCAAGACCCUCGAAGAGGUGCUUGAAGAGGCCCGAUUCAAGACGGUUUUGGAUAUAAAUAGCACCGAGUUUGCUUCAGACCCGGUCACGGUCCAAGCCGGAGGGACGUUGUUGCAUGAAGCAGCGCGACGGAAGAACACACAUCUGAUCCAGGUUCUGCUCCUGCACGGCGCGGAUCCAUUCCGCAGAGACCGCAAAGGAAAGCUGCCGCAAGAUGUCACGAAAGACGACGUUACAAGGGCCAUGCUGAAGAGGUCGCCAGCGGCCGUGGCUGCCCAGAGGGGCAUCCAGGAGAAAGCCGUCCUGGGCUCUGCAUCCCAAAGCGCCGCAUCUUCGACCCCCGGAGACCCGCUCGCCGGAAGGGAAGCUCGUGAGAUGAAAGGUUAUCUCAAGAAGUGGACAAAUUACAGGAAAGGCUACCAACUCCGGUGGUUUGUCUUGGAGGACGGGGUCCUGAGCUACUACAAGCACCAGGACGAUGCUGGAUCCGCUUGCCGCGGCGCGAUCAACAUGCGCAUCGCGAAACUCCACAUGAGUGCCGACGAAAAGACCAAGUUUGAGAUUAUAGGGAAAUCUUCGGUCAAGUAUACUCUCAAGGCCAAUCACGAGGUCGAGGCGAAGCGCUGGUUCUGGGCCCUGAACAACUCGAUCCAAUGGACCAAAGACCAGGCGAAGGAGGAGGAUCGACAGCGUGCACGCAGUGCAGACUUACUGAAACAAGCCAAGGCCGAACAUUCGCAGGCCGCCUCCUCGAUCGGCGAGUCCCCGAGCGAGAGCGCCAGUCUUGCAGAGCCGAAGCGGAACAGCUUCCAGCUGUCCAAGCUGCAUUCGGCCACCAGGAGUUCCAACAAGGCGGCUGCCACAGGCACUAGCACCGUCGGCAGCAUGGUCGAUGACGAUUACGAGUUUGCGGAUACGGGUACGGAGGCGGACAAGGCCGGUAAUGGCAGCCCGUACGGAGAGGAUGAAGACGACGACUACGGCGAUGAUUCGAGCCGCCAAGAUGCAACAACUGCGACUAAGGACGCGUUUAACAUCACCGCCCAGUCAGCCAAACUACAGCUCGAGACCAUCUCCAAUGUCAAUUCCGCCCUGAUUGUUGAGGCCACCAAGAACCCCGGCCUCACCCUCUCGGACCCAAAAAUGGCCCAGGCUCUGACCACGUAUGAUGCGGCGAUCCGCUCUAUGACCGGUCUCGUCGGUGAUCUUCUGCGGAUCUCGAGGGAUCGCGAUGCAUAUUGGCAGUAUCGCCUGGACAGGGAGAGCGAGAUGCGGCGCAUGUGGGAAGAGAGCAUGGCGCAGGUAGCGCGUGAACAGGAGAUCCUGGAAGCGAGGGUCGGCGAGGCUGAGGAGAAGAAGAAGAAGGCGAAACGCAUGCUAAGAGAGGCUAUCGGGACGGGCAUGCUCGACGAGACCCGGCCGUCAAGCAGGCAAACGCUUGGAACGCCUCCCCCCUUAGUCAUGACUGCGGAGGUCGAGGACGAGGAGGGUCUUAGGCAAAAGUCUCCUGCUAAGAGCAUUACUCGCCGCGAGACUGUGCUUUCGCAUGUCGCAGACAUGUCAGACAUGGAAUCUGAUGACGAGGAUGAAUUCUUUGACGCUGUUGAUGCUGGCGAGGUUGAAGUUGCCCCCAUGCCGCCAUCGGAGCUCGCGUCCAAAGGAAAUUCGACGGAUGAGUUGACCAUAUCGACCGGCUUCGACAUCAGCAAUUCCUUCAAGGGUUACGAGAAUGGCAUAAGGACGAGGCUGAAGAUGGAUGCCGAUGACCGGCCCAAGAUCUCCCUCUGGGGCAUUCUCAAGUCAAUGAUCGGAAAGGACAUGACUAAAAUGACGUUGCCGGUCUCGUUCAACGAGCCGACUUCACUUCUGUACCGUUGCGGCGAAGACAUGGAAUACGCAGACCUUCUGGACCUGGCAGCAGAACGUACCGACUCAAUCGAACGGCUGAUCUACGUGGCUGCCUUCGCCGCCAGCGAAUAUGCGUCCACCAUCGGACGAGUGGCGAAGCCGUUCAACCCCCUCCUCGGCGAAACCUUUGAGUAUGUGCGCCCAGACAAGAACUACCGCUUCUUCAUCGAGCAAGUCAGCCACCACCCGCCGGUCGGUGCGGCAUGGGCCGAGUCGCCAAGAUGGACCUACUACGGCGAGUCGGCAGUCAAGUCCAAGUUCUACGGCAGAUCAUUCGACAUCAACCCCCUCGGCACCUGGUUCCUCAAGCUCAGGCCGAUCGCUGGCGGGAAGGAGGACUUCUUUACGUGGAAGAAGGUCACGUCCUCGGUGAUUGGCAUCAUCACGGGCAAUCCCGUGGUGGACAACUACGGCCCGAUGGAGAUCAAGAACUGGUCCACCGGCGAAGUGUGCUACAUUGAAUUCAAGCCCCGCGGCUGGAAAGCCUCGAGCGCCCACCAGAUCGCGGGCAAGAUCGUCGACGGCGACGGGCGAGUGCGCGUCAGCCUUGGCGGGCGGUGGAACUCGAAGCUGUACGCCCGCAUGACGCCGGGAUACGAGGCCACGGUGGAGGAGCCGGCGGCGGACGGGGAAUCCGUCUACCGCGGCAGCAUGACGGACCAGAGCCGGGCCUUCCUGGUCUGGCAGGCCAACCCGCGGCCGACGGGCAUCCCCUUCAACCUCACGCCGUUCGUGCUCAGCUUCAACCACAUCGACGACCAGCUGAAGCCUUGGCUGGCACCGACGGACUCGCGCUUCCGACCCGACCAGAGAGCCAUGGAGGACGGCGAGUACGACCUCGCGGCCACGGAGAAGAACAGGCUCGAGGAGGCGCAGCGCGCGAGGAGGAAGGUGAGGGAGAGCCACGGCGAGGAGUUUGUGCCCGCCUGGUUCAAGAAGACGAGGUGCGAGAUCACGGGCGAGGAGUACUGGCAGUUCAACGGCAAGUAUUGGGAGCAGAGGGACAAGGCAGGCCCUGAGGGCAGUGGGGAUGCUUGGGAGGGGCUGGAGGAGAUAUUCUGAGAUGGCUUGGCCCCUGCUGUUUCCCUGAAGCGUGCGUGAUUGCUUGCUUGCUUGCUUGCUGAUGUGGUAAGAAAGGGGGGUUCUAGUAUAAUAACAA